CUUGGUUGUGAUACUCUCAUUUGUGGAUUGUUUGUUCAUAUUUGUUGUCAAAUUGAAAUCUUGACUUAUCGUUUGAGAAAAAUUAUAUUUUGUUCAGACGGUUUUCAUGAUUGCGUACUUCAACAUUAUAAUAUUUUCAGGUUAAGCAUUAUAAUUUUGCAAAAUUUGCAAAUUCUUUCUGUUGUAUAUUUUUUUUAAAUAAUUAGCGCGUACAUGUACACACAGUGGGUGAGUCAAGAUAGUUGAAUCAAUUUUUUACUUUAUGUACGGUAAGAAAAAAAGAUUUUUAGAAGUUGCAGCAGCACGAAUCUGGUAGAUAAAUUUUAAUUGUAUGUAGCUAAAAUUUAGCUACUUACCAUAUAAAGAUUUUUGUAGUUGUGAAACUAAUCUUUCUUUCUGCGUAAAACAAAUUAUCGACUGCAUUAUAUGUAAAAUCGACAAGAGACAACUAUUUGCACCGAUUUAAUUCUUUUUGAAAUAUGUUGUUAAAUACAUAAAUCUAAGAUAUACGUCUUUGGUUAUGUAAGUUUUGGGAUGGUAUAAUUUUUUAAAAUUAAAAUUUAUAUUUAAAUUUUCAGCAGUUAUUAAUAAAAUAAACUUUAUUUUAUUAAUAACUGUUUAAAAUUUAAAUAUAAGUUUUAUUUAAUAAAGAGAUCGUUAAAGAAAAAUGGUAGGUGUAAUCAUAACAAAUAAUUAUAAGAAUGCGUCAAAUAGACAAUGCUGGAUGUUUGUUACCUAAUGUAUAUUUCUUGAAUUUUUAGUUUUGAUAAAAUUCCUUUCCAAACAUCCAUUAUUACGCUAGUCACGGAAUGAAGAAGUUCAAAGUUUGAACUUUGGUUAGAAAAAAAAUAUUUUUUACAAUAAAUUAUCUACAGUUUUUUAAGAUGCUGGUAUCAUCAUUGUUAAAUUGACGAUCAAUUUAAUUUGGGAUUUAUGUUUAUUUUCAGUUUAUGUUUGCGCUUCAAGUUUGACUAUGUUUGGAGUGCAGUUUUACAGAAACUGAAAAUGUAUUUAUCUGCGUGAUCACACUUAAACAAUUUACUUCAAAUUAUUAUUAUUUAAAAAUGUUAGAUUUUUAAUAAAUCUAAACUUGUACUUACAAAAUACAUAAAAAUCAUAAAAGUCAAACUUUUAAAGUCAAACUUUUUAGUUUUUAUGUAACUUGUUUUCUAUACGUAUGUAUUACUGCUCCGUUGAUAAUUGCUUAACAAUUAAAUAUGAGGAUUACUUUUAAAGAAUUAUUUUUUCUCUCAUAUAAAAAAAUAUAUACCUUUGAGAUUUUUAUGUUUACCACUCUAUACACACCAUUCAACAAUUUUGUUCUAAAAAAAUCCUUUUCUUUAAAAAAUUAAAAAACAGAGCAAUGUAGUCAGUUAUAACAUUUAUAUACAAUCUUUUUUAAAUAAACAACUAUGUAAUAUACAAAUAUGUUCUAGAAAUGCCAAAGUAUAUGUAAAAGUGUAGAAUUUUUUUAUAUUUGUAAAAGCUACAAGAAUUAAGACCUCAAAAGUGUCGUGAUCACAAUGUGAUAAAGGUAUUGAAGAACAUAAAUAUAGGAUGUAUAUACACAGAGUAUUAGUAACGUACUUCAUGAAAAGUCAAAUCAAUUGUAAUCGAUAGGUCUCUUGUGCUAAUUUAACAUACAGUUAAUAAUUUGUCUCAUAGAGUAAAAAGCUGGCUGUCAAUUUUUAACUUUGGACUCAGCAAAAAAUUAAAAAAAAUCACAAAGCUUGAACGCCAUAUAGGAUACAGUUAUCUUAUUAUAACAUAACAUUUUAUUUUUAAUAAAUUUAUUUAUUAAAAUAUAUUUUUAUUUAAGCAAAAUUGUUAAAUUCUAGAUUGGCUUUUAUUGUAAAAACAAAGUUAAGUUUGAUUAUUGCUAUUUCAUUCAUAAUGACUACAAUGAUAAUAUGCUUUAGCUUUUAUCAACUAGAUAAAACGACAACAAAAGCUCAAUAUUUUGAAAUGAUAUUAGGUAUAUUAUUUGCGUUAACGGAAAUUUUUCUUUAUUGUUGGUUUGGCAACGAAGUAAAGAUAAAGAGUUGUCAAAUGAUAGAUAAUAUUUUUGAAAUGGAAUGGAUGACACUGGACAAAGAUAGAAAAAAGUCUUUGAUGAUAAUAAUGACGCGAGCUCUUGUACCUAUUCAAAUUACAUGUUCUUACGUUAUUCCUGUAAAUCUCAGUUCUUUUAUGGGUAUACUUAAAAUGUCGUAUUCUAUUUACAACUUAAUUCAACAAAUGCGACAAUAAUUGAGUAAGAGAUCGGUAGAAUUAAUGUAACUCCAAUUACAAAAUCAAAUCUAGGAGAAGUUAAAAGGAGAAAAAAGAUCUUUAUCAA